GUGGACAUUGCACCCGGCUCUGUUUUGCAGGAGCCUGCGCCAGCGGGGAGGUGCCCUUUAAAGCCGCUCGCCACGGGGCUUCAGCAAUGGCCACUAAACCCAACUGAGCUCCUACAGGCUACGGCUACACUGCAAGAGCUAUUGGGGGAUACCGGAGUAUCCUGGGCCUUCACCGCAAGCGCCUUAUUUCGGGCUCCCUAUUCCAACGACCCUAUAAACCUCAAUCUAUGCAGAAUAUCCAGAUUGCUACAGAAGGAUGCAGAGCAGGAAUCCCAGAUGAGAGCUGAAAUUCAAAACAUGAAGCAAGAACUCACAACCAUUAGUAUGAUGGAUGAGUUUGCAAGAUAUGCCCGACUGGAAAGAAAGAUCAACAAAAUGACUGACAAGCUUAAAACUCAUGUGAAAGCACGAACUGCUCAAUUAGCCAAAAUAAAGUGGGUGAUAAAUAUUGUAUUCUACAUUUUACAAGCUGCCUUGAUGAUCUCACUAAUUUGGAAAUAUUAUUCUGAGCCAGUUACUAUACUUCCAAGCAAAUGGCUAGCCCCAAUGGAGCGUUUAGUAGCCUUUCCUACAGGAGUGGCAGGUGGCGUUGGAAUUACUUGCUGGCUUGUGGUCUGCAACAAAGUUGUGGCCAUUAUGCUUCACCCUUUCAGCUGAAAAGGAAUACUGGAAUUCUAAACUGCAUUUCCAUUAUCACAGUUAGAAAAUGGAGUCCUGAAGUCUUUUACGAGAGACAAAUGCAGAGCUUGCACCAAUUUCAUUCAUUCUUGAUGUGAAGGGAAAAGCUCUUUCCAUCUAAGGAAGCCGUUGUAGACAAUGUAAUAAUUAAGCAUGAAUUAAUUCUCAUCUUGUAUUGUUUCAGUUUAAUAUUUAUGAAUAAGCUUUAUUGUCAUUUGACUUUUCCUUCAAGUUUUAGUCACAACUUUUAAAGAUAACAUUACUUCUAAUAAAGCCUCAUUUUAUUGUUGGCUAGUAUACACACUAGGAAUGUAAACAUGUACUCAUGUACAUGGUUACACAGUGCCCCCUCUCCUGCUGCUUCUUUAUCAGAAGCAGGAUAAGGAGCUGGAGGAGGGAGCUAGUACACGCUAAAAGUCAAUUUUCAAGCUGGCUCCUUGCUCAUCCCAGCUCCCAUCAAACUAACUUCUCCCCUCCGUAGCCCCUGUAUCAGAGGUAGCAGCAGGGGGCAGGCAGGAGCUGGCUCCCACUUCCCCCCCUCACACGUAAACAAGUUUUAACAUCCCUAAUAUACACUGGUUAACUGCAGAAACAAAUUUAUCAUUACAAUUUCACUGAGAAUCAACUGCAAGAUUAACUAGCUUUUUAAAAUGAAUUGCAGCGUGGGGAUUCUUUUGGGGCUUUCCUCUUUCUUUGCGGGAAGUAUGGAGACUGAUUAACGUUUAAAAAAAUGUGAUUUACUGACUUUACCUUGCAGACUUCAGCACGUGUGGGCUGUCUUAGAAGAUGCACCAUUGAUUUAAUUGAAAUCCAGAGUUGACCCCAGCCCUUUCUCAACUGCCAAAUAUGUGGUGGCUGGCUACUUGUUCUUGUCUGGAGACCCAGUUGCUGAAACAUAUUCUGCCUUGUCUCCCAAAUGGCUCUUUCUAUCCCUGGACCUAAUUCUCCCUCUCAAAAAUACUUCUCUUGCCCCUACUUUGAGAAAAUAUCACUGGGGCCAUGCUCUGGUCCUGAAGUCUCUUUUCCUCCUCCUUCUCCUCCUGUCUUGGCCCAGGAAGGGGGAGAAAAGCUGUAGUCUCAAAGACAUGCCAGAGCAUGGCCCCAGCUUACACUGUGUUGAAAGGAAUGAUGUGGUCAGUCUCCUCCUAUUUCAAAAUGUGAGUUAACAUCUUCCAGGAUAGCCCAAGACACUCUACAAGGCAAAAAAAUAAGUCGGGGAUUCAGAUUUCUAAUACAAAAUGUUGAAGAAUAUGGUAAUUAGCAGAGGAAAACAUUACUUUUUGGAGUAAAUCCUCUUUCCCCAGUGUUAAGCUAAACCAAACAGACUUGAUACAUACGAUCCUGCAGGGUAAGGAAGGACCGAAUCCUCCUCUACUAGCCUGCCAAACAGUGAUAAAACUGAUUUGCCAACCACUGGGUUACCCUGCUGCCCAUAUCAUUCCUUUCCUGAAAGGCCAGUGAUCAGUAGAUUUUCAGUGUUGCUGAUUUAUAAGCCCUACGUGCCUCCACUCUGACAUGGAAAAAAUAUAUGGAAAGGGGCACACAAAACCCCUGGACAGAGUUGAGGAACACUGGAGUAUCUCUUCAUCCUGAGCAAUGGACCUGCAUCUUUUCUACUACAUUCAGCUAGUAUGCCCAAUUCUCACACCUCUCUUCCUCCUUAAUGAACACUGUUUAGGAAUGAUUUUUUUAAGGUCAUGAUCUGUCCUGUGUAUGUGCAUGAAACUUUUUUUAUUUGUGAAUUUCUAACUUUGUUUUUACAUUGGUUAUAUUGAGCCAGUAUUAAUAUUUAUGCACAAUAUGUGCAGCACUUGGGAAAAAACCACAGGAUUGAGAAUGUGUAUCCUGGGGUUUCUUUAUUCAUUAAAUAAGAUUAUUCAUGCUGUACUUACUUUAAUUAAAAUUUUAGAAAAGUUA